CGCGGGGUGUUGACAGCAGCCGGCGGAGCAGGAACGCCGCCGGCGGGACGCGGAGCCAUGAGCCGGGCGAGGAGGGUCCCCGGCCGGGGGGCGGCCAUGGCCAGGCAGAUGGGGCUGCUGGCGGAUCCCGGCGCGGGGGACAGCCCGGGGGACGGCGGCGGGGACGGGGACGCGGCGCUGGAGGCUGAGCUGCUGCUGCUGCUGGGGAGCCGGGAGGCUCCGGAGGAGGGGGAACCGCCCCCGCCCCCCCAGCAAGCUCUGGCAACAGUCGAGGCCCUGGCCAAGCUCUGCCUCCGAGACUCCCCGGAGGAGGAGGAGGAGGAGGAAGGGGAGGAAGAUCUGGAGAACGAGGAGGAGCUGCUGGCAGAGCUGCAGGAGGUGCUGGAGGAGGAGUCUGGGAGCGCAGCUGCUGCAGAGACCCCGCAGCAGCCCGCGGGCGGGGCGGCGCUGCUGGCGGAGCUGGCCGAGCGGGCGGAGCUCUACCGGGCGGCGCUCGGGAACGCUGCGAGGGAGGGCGGGAACGGGGCCCGGCUCCGGCGGCUGCAGCGCGGCCUCAAGACCCUGGAGCAGAUGCUGGAGUCCGUCCGCAGCGGGAAGCCGAUCGACGAGGCUGAGAUUCCACCUCCAGUGGCUCUGGGGAAGGGAGGGGGAGCCCCUGGGCCACCACCCCCUGCAAACCCUGAGCCCCCAGAGCAGCCCCCCACCCCUCCCCAGGCACCCCCAGCCCCAGACCCCUGCCCAGACCCCGGCUCAGAGCCAGCACUCCGGGCUCGGCUCCAGGAGCUGCAGAAAGAAGCUCUGGCGGCCAAACGCCGCGGGGACACGACCGUGGCCCUCGGACACUUCAGGGCGGCCAAGAGGCUGGAGGCACAGCUGGAGGCAAUGGAGCAGGGCCGUGUUCCGCCAGCCCCCGAUCCACAGCUAGAGGAGCCGAAGGCUCCGCUCCCGAGGGAUUCCCCCACAAAGGCUCCACCGGCCACCAGCCCAGCCCCUCCUGCCACAGAGGCGCCGCGGGACGUGCGGGAGGCGCUGGAGCAGCGCAUGGAGCGGUACCGGGCGGCCGCCGCCCAGGCCCAGCACAGCGGGGACGCGCGCAAGGCACGCAUGCACGAGAGGAUCGUCAAGCAAUACCAGGCUGCCAUCCGUGCCCACAGCGCCGGCAAAGCCGUGGAUCUCUCGGAGCUGCCCGUUCCCCCAGGCUUCCCCCCCAUCCAGGGCACCGAGAUCCCGUCUGAGCCGAGCAUUUCUGGGAUGCUGGAGGCGGCCUUAAGGCUGACAGGGCCAGAGCAGGAGGAGGAAGAGGAGGAGGAGGAGGAAGAAGGGGACAGCAAGGCGGCCAAGGUGCAGCCCCGCGCUCCCCCCGCGCCCCCUCCCAAACAGCCGCCGCCCCGGAAUUCCCAACCGGCUCCCAAACCCGCUGGAAAAGCCCAGCAGCAGCUGGAGUUCCUGGAGCUGCGGCGCCGGCAGCUGGCACAGGCCGCGCUCCGCGCCAAGCGCCGCAACGACCUGGAGGGCGCCAAGCUGCUGCUGCGCCGCGCCAAGGGCGUCGAGGGGCUCAUCGGGGCCGCCCGCGGGGGGCUGCCCGUGGACAUCGCCCAGGUCCCCGAGGUGCCCCUGGACGGGGCCGAGUUCGAGCUGGGGCCGGGCCGGGGGGGUCCCAUGGCCCCUGAGGCUGCCAAGACCUUCCUGCAGCUGGCGGGGGCCCUGCGGAGGCAGCACCAGAUGUGUCUCACCUAUUCCCGACAAUUCGCUCAGCUGGGGAACAUCUCAGAGACCACCAGGUGCGAGGCACUGGCUGAGGAAUGCCGGCGGCACAUGGAGACCCUUCGGAGGGAGCACAGCCGGGGGGCGCCGCCCCCAAAGCCCCGCUACGAGCAGAGAACCUUCAGCGUCGUCAAGAUGUUCCCAGAGCUGAGCAGCAGCGACCUGGAGCUGGGAAUAGAGAGAGGGAUCGGUUUCCCAGUGCCUGCAGGUGUGGCCCCCGGCGACCUGGACACCUUCGUGCGCUUCGAGUUCCCCCACCCCAGCGCGGAAGAGGCACAGCGGGACAAGACCAACGUCGUCAAAAACACGGAUUGUCCCGAAUUCCGGGCGCGGUUCCGGCUGCGGCUGCUCCGCGGGCACCGGGGGCUGCGGAGGCUCCUGAGCUCCCGCGGGAUCAAGUUCGAGGUGACCCAGAAAGGGGGGCUGUUCCGGCCGGAGCGGGCUCUGGGCUCGGCGCAGCUGCGGCUGGAGGGGCUGGAAGGGGCGUGCGAGCUGCGGGAGCAGCUGGAGCUGCUGGACGGGCGCCGCCGCACCGGCGGGCGGCUCGAGGUGUGGGUGCGGAUCCGGGAGCCGCUGGGAGCGCAGCGGCAGCUGGAGCCGCGCUCCGAGCGCUGGCUGGUGCUGGAGCCGCGGGCCGAGGCCACGGUCGCCGUUCCCAAACCGACCGUGGCGGCCCCGAAGGACGGGAACAAAAGAUCCGCCCCGACCUUCCCGAGCCUCAGCCUGCUGCUGUUUGACCGGGAGCGCCUGGAGCGGAAGAUGGUGCCGUUCGGCCGCGCCGGGCGCCCGGUGCCCCCCGAGCUGCGGCAGCAGCACCAGGAUCUGCUGCGGCGCAUCCAAGGGCUGCGGACACGGCUGCAGGGCGGGGACCCCCACUUCCGCAGGGAGUACGCGGAGCACCUGGAGCGGCACCUGCGGCUCUACACGGAAGCCGCGCGGCGCCUCGGCACCCAGGGAGAGCGGGAGGCGGCCAAGGAGGCUCUGUACAAGCGGAACCUGGUGGAGAGCGAGCUCCAAAAGCUCCGUGGAUGAGUCCCGGGGCUGGGACCACGUGGGGUUCUGGGGAGGCUCAGAGGAUGGCUCCCCCUGCUUUGGGGGGGCUCUGGGACCACCCCCCCGUGCCCACUGUGACAAUCACAGGGAUCAGAGCUGCUACAUCCCCCCCCCUCUCCAACCCCCAGGGGUGACACUGCCCCCAAUCACAGGGUGACACUUUCCCCAAGGACAGGGUGAUGCUGUCCCCCUCCCCAGUGAAAGGGUGACACUAAUCCCC